AUGCCGCACCACCGUGGUUACCGCAUGGGCACCCGCCACAUGUUCUCGCGUGGCUUCCGCAAGCACGGCAACAUCGGCCUCAAGACGUACCUUCAGCAGUACAAGAUCGGCGACUUCGUCGACAUCAAGGUCAACGCUGCCCAGCACAAGGGUAUGGCGCACAAGUUCUACCAUGGCCGCACUGGCCGCGUCUUCAACGUCGACAAGCGUGGCGUCGGUGUCAUCGUCAACAAGCUCGUCCGCAACCGCAUCCUCCGCAAGAAGAUCUCGGUCCGCAUUGAGCACAUCAAGCCGUCCAAGUGCCGUGACGAGUUUGUCAACCGCGUCAAGGAGAACGCCCGCAUCACCUCGGCGGCCAAGGCCCGUGGCGAGAAGGCCCACCCCAAGCGCCAGCCCGCCGGCCCGCGCGAGGGCUUCACCGUCAAGACCGACAUUGCCGAGGUCGAGGACAUCGCUCCGCUCGCCUACGAGAACCUGUUCUAA